AUGGUCUUUGGGCUGGGCGCACCCGGUCGCCUCACCGGUGCCUUCUGUCUUACUGCAGCUGGUCUCCCUGCCGCUCCCGCUGCAGCUGCCCUCGCUCCCCGCUCCAUAACCGGGGAUCCGGCGAGCUCCUCCUUCAGUCCGACUACCGGCGCUGCCGCCGGCUUCUCCACCGGUUCUGCCGAUAGUCUCAGCGCUGGCCUCUCCACCCGCACCGCUGCCAGCUGCUCUGCUCCGUUUCUCGGAGCCGCGUCUGGCUCCGCCUCCUUCGCUCCCGCACUCCGCGGGUGGCGGCUGACUCCCCGCUUGCUGGGGCUUCUCUCCCCAGCCUCCUCCGUCCAGCCGCCCCGUUGCUUCGGGGGGGCCGCCUUUUGUUUCUCCCGGCCGGCGUGCCCCGCCACCGCCGCUCAGCCGCAGCCGGAUAAACGCCCGACCGACGACCUCCGCCGGCGUGGACUUCCUUCGGCUCCUCCGGCCCUGCGGGAGGUUCCUGCCCCUGCGGAGCUGGGAUUAGCACUAGGAACUUUGGGGUGCGAUAUGCUGAUGAAAACCACAGCUCACCCCUCAAAUCCGCCACGUGGAAGUGAAGAUCAGCGCUACAGCUUCGCAGGGAGCAACGAGGGGCCCUUUGCAACGCAGAAGGACCUACGCUCGCUAGCAGCUCCCUGCGGCGCAGAGACCCACGGAGCAGCUCAUGGACUCUGCGGUGUGGCCCCCGCUCCAGCGCACGGCUGAAGGGCCGGUCUAGGGGCACAGACCCCAGAACUACCCUUUGGGGAGCCCCAAGUCCCAGACUGCUUGGGCAUGGGUGAAGCCUCCCCAAGAGGGUGCCAUGCAUUGUAGUUUAUAGUGUUUUAAAAUUAUAGCUAGUGUUUACUUUUGUAUUUUUCUUUAUUCUUUGUAAUACAUUUGGAUUUUGUGUUUACAGUG